CAAAAAAUAAAGCAAUGAAUUUUGUGUGUCCUCGAACUCUAAUAAAUCUCGUAUUCGCAAGUUGCAAACCUCGCAGCUGCAUCUCCUUCCUCCAAUAAAAACAUCAUCUGGCAGUUGUUUCACUACCUCUAGCCGGCGGCAUCUCAGCUAACUACCUCUUCUUUUCUGCUGCUGCUAUUCUCGACCUUGCAGUGCAUACAUGAGCUUUUAUCACAAGAUUAUAGAAAUCCAAAGAGAAGGAAGGCCACAAGGGGAAUGGGAGCUUUGUUUAAAAGGGAGGGGGCUUGACAUCCAAGUUUGCGAACACAUGAUUUGAACCCAGUACAUUUCCUACCAGGGCUUGCUAGCUAGUUGCUGUUUUCCAUAGGGCCUAAACCCAAACGCACAUACAUGUAUUCUCUGGUUUCUGCUUAGAACCGGCUCACUUGAUAUGAAUGGUGACCUAUGUUACAGAAAGCAACAAUCCCAUCAUUCAAGUGCUCGGAUAUUAUAAUAUGGGUUGCCUGCCCGGCUAUCCAUAUUCUCUCUCGAGUUCUACUUUUUGACGCAUAGAAUUCUUCCGCACUAUCUUUUAAACUCGUGAACAGCUAAAAUUGACAAAUAUCUGUAGUUCUAUACGUAGCAAUGGCUGCUGCUGCUGAUGAUGAUACUACAACCUAUGAUGAGAGGUCUGAAUACGUUGAUCCUGAUUGGACUGUUGUCCUACCUCGUCGGAAACGGAGAAAAUGUCAGCCUAAAGUAUCCCACCCAGAGCAAGAUGUAAAAGAGCAGCAAUUGGCCCCACCUGACCUGGAAGUCGAUGAAGAGAGAGAGUCAAAAUUAAUGCAGAAAAUCGAGACUAGCUUGAAGAAACUCGAGAGCUCCAAGUUUUUUGAACUUUUCUUGAAUCAGAUACAAGACCCUGAAGUGUUUAAUUGUUUUUCUAGAGUUUUAGGGUCUGAACCAAGUAUGAAGAUGGUAGUAUAUGGUAUAGGCAGCAUCGAAUCUUUUGAAGCCCCACGGUUACAGCUUAGUUUAGUGAUGUUGAUGAAGAGAAAGUUUGAAUGGAUAGGUGAUGUCGAGGUAUUUGACCCUGUUCUUUCUGGCACUGAAACACGGGUUCUGGAAUCUCUUGGGUAUUCUGUUAUAACGGUGAAUGAGGAAGGUAGAAGACAGGCAUUAAAACCCACAUUGUUCUUUAUGCCUCACUGUGAGGCUUCGUUGUAUCACAACCUUCUAGAGGUAAAUUGGAAUGCAGAUAUGUUGAGAAACUUGGCAUUAUUUGGAAACAGUUUUGAAUCUUAUGAACAUCACAAUGAUGUAGUCAAGGACUACAUAGCUUCUCCUUACACAAAGCGUAUCUUGGCUGCUCGGACAUUUGCAGAGGAGUUCAGAGUCAAAACAGGUCCAGAUGAUCAUUGCAGAGCCUUUUAUGAAUCCAGUUGGCUUUUUUUCAACCCGAAUCAUGAGCAAGGAUUACCCAUUGUUUAGUUGAUAACUGAACUUGUAAGUGCUUGUGUGUAUUAGUUGUCAACUUAUUAAAAUAUUAGACAGCAUAAGUUUGCAGCACGAUUGUUGUAAUCAUUUGUAACUCUUUCAUAACACGUAUUUGAACGUUUUUGACACCA